UCCAGGUAAUUGAGAGCGAACGAACUCGGGGAAAGUGCUGGGGAUGGGCAGGAAAGUGACUCGGGAAAGGGCUGCUUUUUACCGCCCCGGAGUCCCAGCACUGCUGCCGCUGCCCGCCCGGACACACCCCGGCUCUGUCCGCUCUUAGCGCCUGUACCAGCCCAACCUGCUCCGGGCAGAGCCAACGCGCCCCCCCGACCAAUGCAACAAUAAGCCAGUCUCCCCAGCCAGAGGAAGGAAGAGGGGGACCGGUUACCGUUGAGGAGGCAGCUGUGUAUUCCACCGAGGGGCAGUGAGUGAGCGAAUCUGGAUCCCACGGACGAGAUGCAGGAGAACUAUGAGAAUGUGAUCUCAUUGGCGGAGGAGAUUGCGAUCAGCUGGCCCCGGAUAACCGCGUUUGCCGAGUCGCACAGGAGGAGAGGAUUGGUCUCUGUUUCCUUUCCUAGACCCAGGGAGUUACUGGAUUCUCUCGUUGUUCCAGCAGAUGAUGGGAUGGUGAGUGAGAAUGAGGAGGAGGAUGCUCAGCAGGGAGGCCUUGAGAAGGUGGAUGCCCAAGGGACGAUGCCGGGCAAGUCCAAGGGGAGCGCUCCCCAGAGCGCUGAUGUGGGGAAGGCCAGCGAGGGCCCGCAGAAAGUAGAAGGACAGCCAAGGAAGCCCUCAGGCAAGAGGCAGGGCAAAUCUGCUCACCGUGGUUUCAAGAAGUUCCACCAGCGGAGCCUGCUGGGGCACAGCCGGUGCCAUGACUGCGGCAAGAGCCUGGGCUUCGGCUCAGGCUUCAACAAGCGCCCACGGCUGCGCAGCGCCGAGAAGCCCUACAAGUGCAACGAGUGCGGCAAGUGUUUCCGGCUCAGCUCCACUCUCAUCACCCACCAGCGUCGCCAUGCCAGUGAGAAGCCCUACAAGUGUGCCGACUGCGGCAAGAGCUUCAGUGUGGGCUCGGCCUUCAUCCAGCACCAGCGGGUCCACACUGGCGGCGUCAAGCCCUGCCAGUGCAACGUCUGCGGCAAAAGCUUCAGUGCCAGCACCAGCCUGGUCAAGCACCAGAAGCUGCACCUGGAAGAGAAGCCUUACAAGUGCGAUGAGUGUGGCAAGGGCUUUAACUGGAACUCGCACUUGGAGCGCCACCGGCGCAUCCACACCGGCGAGAAGCCCUACACCUGCCCCGAAUGUGGGAAGAGCUUCAGCUGGAGCUCCCACCUGGACCGCCACCGCCGCACCCACUUGGGCGGGGAGAAGGCCUGCAAGUGCACUGACUGCGGUCGCUGCGUUGGCCCCAAUGGCACCAAGCCCCAGCGUGGAGCAGGAGGAGCCGCUGCCGCCGCCGAGAAGCCCUACCAGUGCCCCGAAUGUGGCAAGGGCUUCAACAAGAGUGCCACAUUGGCCAAGCACCGGCGUUCCCACACGGGCGACAAGCCCUACAAGUGCGAGGAGUGUGGCAAGAGCUUCGGGCUGAGCGCCUCCCUGCUGCAGCACCAGCGGAGCCACGCGGCUGGCAAGCCCUACCAGUGCGGUGACUGCGGCAAGAGCUUCGCCUGGAGUUCCCACCUGGACCGGCACCGGCGCAUCCACAUGGGCGAGAAGCCCUACCGCUGCGGGGACUGCGGCAAGAGCUUCUCGCAGAGCUCCCACCUGGAGCGGCACCAGCGGGUGCACCUGGGCUCAGAGCAGCCCUGCCAGUGCACUGACUGCGGGAAGAGCUUCCUGGCCAGCGCCAAGCGGCGCCGUGUGCUGAGCGGGGAGCGUCCCUGCAAGUGCACUGACUGCGGGAAGAGCUUCCUGUGGGGCUCCCGUGCCAGGCCUUCCCCCGUGGCGGAGAGGACCCACAAAUGCACGGAAUGCGGGAAAAGCUUCACUUACCGGGCAGAGAACGUCAAGCACCAGGGCACGCAGACGGGCGAGAAGCCCUACACCUGCCCUGAGUGCGGCAAGAGCUUUGGGCAGAACUCGGCCCUGGUGAAGCACCGGCGCAUGCACACCGGCGAGAAGCCCUACAAGUGUGGGGACUGCGGGAAGAGCUUCAGCGUCCGCUCCAACCUCAUCAAGCACCAGCGCACCCACCUGGGCGAGAAGCCCUACAAGUGCCCUGACUGCGGCAAAGGCUUCAUCCAGAAGUCGGACCUGACCAAGCACCGGCGCAUGCACACUGGGGAGAAGCCCUACAAGUGCAACGUCUGCGGGAAGUGCUUCAGUGUCAGCUCCAACCUCAUCAAGCACCAGCGUAUCCAUCUGGGUGAGAAGCCCUACCAGUGCUCCGAGUGUGGCAAGAGCUUCAUCCAGCGCUCGGAACUCACCAUCCACCAGCGCGUGCACACCGGCGAGAAGCCCUACAAGUGCCCUGAGUGUGGGAAGUGCUUCAGCCGCAGCUCCCACCUUAACCGGCACCAGCGCACCCACACUGGCGACAAGCCCUCGCUGCUCUCCGCCACCAAGAACUCCGCUGCUGCCACCGCUAGCAACCCCCUGCAGGCCUCCUCCGCCUUCUCCUCUGCCUCCUUCUCCUCCCCGCUGGGCACCUCCUCCGCCCCCCUCCCCACUCUACCCUCUUUCCCUUCCUCCCCCUCACCCAUCUCCAUCCCCACCCUCUCCAACAACCCGCUGGAUCUGCCCUGGGCCCUGUCCUUCCCAUCCCGUGCCUUCCCCCACCCUUCCUUCCCCUCGCCUGCUCCAUCCGGGGCCCCGGCCUCAUCACUGAUAAACUAACCGCCCCCCGCAGCCUCUCUGUUUCCCCUCGCUCCCCCUAAUUCUCACCUGGCUCCCUCUUCACCACCUCCAUAUCUUCCCCCCUCUGCCUUGCCUUUUGCCACCCCUUUCACUCUCCCUGCUCCCAGGACCGUGCAGUUGGCUUCCUACUCUCCUGCUCUUUCCUCCUUCCCUAUUCCUUCUCCUCCUCCAAAAUUCACACCAUCCACCUCUUCUUCUUCUCUCCCCUCUCCUUUUCCUUCACACGUCUGGCUCCUCCCACUUCCCCUCCCUUCUCGGUGCCUCCAGCUUCCGUGCUGGUGUCCCAUCUAACAUGACUGCAACUUGCUUCCUGUCCCCAACGUGCUCAUCUGACUUGCAGUGCUGGAUCAGUUUCCUUGACUCUCUCUUGACCUGCUCCUCACCGCACCCAGUUCCAUUUCUGGCCCCUCUUGGGCUCUGAGUUCUUAUUCCCCAGUAAUCAAGUCACCUCUUUCUAUACAGCCCUCUUCCCGCAUACCACCUGCCCAGCUUGAUGUUCCUCCCAUGAUCUCCCGUCUGUGCCUUCCUUGAUGUUCUCAGCCCCUUCCUCAUCUCACUACAAAUUCACACCGAGAAGUGUGAGAUUCAUUAUUUACAAUCCAUUAGCCAUGGAAUCCCUCGCACCUCCAUCCUUUCUUGUCUAUAUCACCAUGCCCUGGCUUAUGCUUCUAUUCCAACUUCCUUGCUAUAGGGGGUCUCUGGAGAAUAUCCUAUGAUGAUGCAUAUUUCCUCCACUGAAGGUUAAUACUCAUUCUGUUCUACCAUCUUCCUUGUCUAACUCUGCCCAUCACCCAUCCCUCGAUCUAGGUACCAUACAGUGCCUAUUUCUCCCUGAUUAUAGCCUAGAGCUAGAUGAACAACAGGGAAAGUGAUUUGUGAAUAUGUUCGCGUUCAAAUGGGAUAAGUCUAUUUUGUUCCCCUUUGUGGGAUCAUAUUAUUCUGUUACUGUUAUUCACAAGUAGAGCUGUUCAGUUUUUUUUUUUUUUUAGAAAAUAUUUUUUGACAAAACAUGUCCUUUUUCAAAAAUGAACAGUUUUGCAAAAUCAUUUGGUUUUUUUUUUUUUUUUUUUUAAUUUUUCAAUUUUGUUUUUUACAGAAAUGUUGCAAAUAUUUUAGCCUCUUGUUCUUUGAGGUGAGGUUGGUUUUUUUUUUUUUCACUUUUUCAUGUCAUUUUAGGUUUCCAUUUUGUUUUAUUUCCAUUGCCAAUUUUGAUUGGUGGGCUUAGUAAAAUGCUGGUAAUUAUUCAAAAUCAAAACAAAUCUUUCAUUGUCAAAAUUUUUUCAUUUCAGAUUCAAACAUUCCAUUUGCUAAAAUUAAGAUUUUCAAAAAUGAAGACUAAUCUAUGAAAAAAUUCUGAAAAUUUAGAAAAAAUGAAAAUUCAAUACCAAUUAUUAAAAACAAAGGAACAAAAAUACUUUUGAAAUGUUCACAGUUAAAAAAGAAAAGUUUCAGACAGUUUUAUUAAUUGGAGUGCCUGCAACUUAUUUGUGAAAAUGUUCACAAAUCCAGAACUUUUCCACAAAUUUUCAUAUUCAUAUGUAUCUGGGGUAGCCGUGUUAGUCUGUAUCCACAAAAACAACAAGGAGGCACCUUAAAGACUAACAGAUUUAUUUGGGCAUAAGCUUUCAUGGGAUGCAUCUAAAGAAGUGAGCUUUUUUACCCACAAAAACUUAUGCCCAUAUUCAUAUGUGUUUGUUCGAAGAUAUGCACUGGAAAGUGUGAUAUCCCUGUUUACAAAAGUUUCACUCACCUAAUCAGGAAGCAGAAACAAUACCAAGUGAUUUAGGUGACCAAUGGCACAAAAGACACACAUAAAAGUAAUGUAUAGUCAAAUUAUGCCACUGGCAAACAAUCCAUACAAUAUAAAUUGUUCACGUAGGUUAUUCUGCUGAUAUUUACAAAUCAUUAGCGCUGGUGUUCAGCUAGUCUUUGUUGGGGUAAAUAAUGGAGCUGUAUCAGUUUAUGCCAGCUAAAGAACUGGCUCCAUAAAUCUAUUGUAGGAACCAGGAUUGGUUUGUAAACAACCCACUCACAGAAGAAAGCUAAAAUCAAAACAAAUAUUAUUCACAAUGAAAAAAUUCUACCAGCUCCAUUGAAAGCCUCUUGACCUGCCUCUGCUUUCAGUCCUGAUCAAUAUUCCACCUGCCUUCUCCUCGCUCUCUCUCUCUCCAUCCAGAACUUUGCUAAGUACUUCAGACAAGGGAAAGAAAUCAAUGCCAUCUGGUAGUAGUCAUCUGCCCCUUGACUCCCUGUCCCCCACCCAUGCUGCCCCAACUCUCUUCUGAACCCCAGUUCAGUUUGCUCGUCCUUUGACCUGUCCCGAUCUCCUUUCAGCUCUUGAUUUCCUUUUCUCUAUUCUCUCCUAUACUAAAAAGUUAGAUCAACCCAGCUACAUUGCUCAAGACUAUGAAAAAUCCACACCCCGGAGCGACGUAGUUAAGCCGACCUAACCCCCAGUGUAGACAGCACUAGGUUAAUGGAAGAAUUCUUCCAUUGACCUAGCUACCAUCUCUCAGGGAGGUGGAUUGCCUACACCAAAGGGAGAACCCCUCCUGUCAGCCCAUGUUGUGUCUACACUGAAGUGCUGUAGCUGCACUGCUGUAGCAUUUCAAGUGUAGAGAAUCUGUAUUCCUUCCAUCAGCCUUCCAGCGUUCACUCCAGCACAGCAGGAUCCCAGCUCCCUGACUUCCCUCCCACUCCAUCCUUACCCUGUUUCUCUGCCUCUGUUGGCAAUUCCACUAUUGUCCUGACUACCCAGAGUCACCCCCUCAGAAUUAUUGCAGACUCCAAUCUCUCCAUUCCCUUCUACGCUAUCCUGGCUGUCCCCAGCUCCCAAACGUUCUUCCUCUUACAGCAUCUCCUUUUCUUUCCCACUGCUCCCUGGCCCAUGCUUUGGCCAUGUCUCAACGUGACCACUGCACCCAGCUGCCCUCCAGCCUCCUUGCUUCCCACUUCACGUCCAUGCUGACCAUCUUCCUUGCUCUCUGCUCCAACUAUACCACCCGCCUCCCAGAUUCCCAUCCCCGCUUCUUCCUGCAGCAGUAUUGUACCCCUCGCAUCCGAUCCCGCAGUCUGUCCCAUUUCAGCAUUGAUUUUGUUGGGACUCAAGCACGUACUCAAAUGCUUUGCUGAGCUGGGUCCCUCAUCCUCCCCUCCAAGGCUGCAUGAGGCUGCUCCAGCCUGCAUCCCGGAUCUUAUCUCCUCCUGUGCCCCACCCCCUUGCUCCAUCUUCCUGCCUACAUCCCCCUGCCUAAUCAUGCCCAGUGUGGCCUUCAGCUGUUGGGCCAGAGCCUGAGUUAGUGCAAAUCUGCAUCAUUGGGGCCAACACCAGGUUACGCUAGCUGAGAGGCCGUAUCCCAUUUUCUCCAUUGUGUCCCUUAUGGGAAGGUGUAAUAAGGAGGGAACGGAGGGGCGUAUCCGGGCAUUGGAUACAAGUUAAACAAGAAAGUAGGAAAGGGUUAAAGCCCCAAUCCUGAAACACAUAAGCACAUGCUUAAUUGAUACAGUCCCAUUGAAAUCAGCAGGGCGACUCACAGUGCAUAAAGCUAAGCAUGAGCAACGGUGUUUGCAGGCUAAGGGCCUAAAUGAAUAAACCCAAUAAUUAAAGUCUAUGAAUAAUCGUAAUAAUUCAAGAAAAGUGCAAAGAGUUAAAAGACAUUUCUGGAAAACCAGUGGAAAAGGAUAGGGUUAAACACAACUGUGAAAAAUGCUAAAGAGUUAAAAGAAAAUCAAAAAAGAAGAAAACAAGGGUUAAAGGAAAAAAACCUAAAACAUAGAAAAUAAGAAAGUUUUUAAAAAGAAAAUAGGGAAGAGUUGAAAAACAUAUAACUGUAAAUGGUUAAAAUUAAAAUAAAUUAGGAAAGGAUUUAAAUAUUAAAGGAAUUGCAAGGGGUUAAAAAUUAAAAGUAAAUGAAAGGUUGAAAAUAGAAAUAAAAACCAGAAUUGGAUGGUAUUAAAAAUAAAAUUUGAAAUGUUUAAGAGUAUAAGAAAAGAGAUUUAAAAAAAAAAAAAAGGAAACCCUAAAAGGUUAAAAAGGUAUAUAAAAAUAGGAAAGCCUUUGUUGGGUUUAGCGUGUGGGUGCUGGUGGCCCGUGAUGUACAGGAGGUCAGACUAGAUUAUCCAGUCGUCCCUUCUCGCCUUAAACUCUGAUUACGUACAACAAGAAGAGGAAAGUUAAAGAAAACGUGUAUUAAAAGAAAUAAAAACAAGGCAACGGUUAAAGAUAAAAACAGAGAAAGGGAUAAAAAUAAUUUUUAAAACUAAUAGAGAAUAUUUUAGGCAAUGGUUCGAAACAUAUAAAAACAACCGAAACAAAACAAUAGACAAUGUGGAAAGGAGGAAACAAUAAAUGAGAGGAAUCAGGUGCGCAGCUGAUGAUCCAAAAGGCAUCCAGGCAUUGGUGUCCAGUGAAACUGCAGAUGCUGAUAUAGCCUAAACCCUGCAAACGCUCACACACGUGGGGUGAAAUUCAUCCCUGAUAUGGAGAACCCCCCAUGUGGAGUCACUGAGCUCAGCAACCCUGCAGGCAUGCAGGUUGUAACAUGAGGCCCCUGGAUGAGAUGUCAGCAGCUGGAACCCUGGACCUCUGGAUCUCAAAGCAUGAGCUGAAAGCUGUGCUGCCUGAGCUAAAAGAAUUGGCUUUGAUAGCUCAACCGAAGGCUGCAGCAGCUCAUACAUCUUUGUGAUCCACCACUAGAGGGGGACAGAAACCACACUGAGUAAGCCUGUGUCCCUGAUCUCUUUGUGGGAAGGUGCCCUGGAACUAGUGCAAAGGGGCUACCUGUUGCCCUCGUACAGAGGUUGGAGUAGCAGCUCCAAGGGACGUGAGCAACAGCCAGGGGCGGAGGUGGAUGGAGUCUGGAUAUCCGGACAGAGACUGUAAACUUUACUCACCUGGGUCACCCCGUUAAGCUGGCUGGGACCGUGUGUGAACAGAGUCUCGUGUGUGUGUUUGCAGGAUUAGGGUGUGACUGCCAACUGCCUUUCUCCCAUCUGGUGGCGCUAUUUACACCUGUGCAAAUGUGGGUGUUAAAUAUUGUGAAUGACCCAGCUGGAGUCCCGGGGCGGGUUCCCCUCUCGCUCACCCUGGUGUAAAUCAGGAGUAACCACACUGGAGUUACACUGAUGUAAAACUGAUGCAACAGAGCUGAGGAUCAAGCCCAGUGACUCCCAUAGGACUGCUCAUGUAAUUGGUGCUGGCAGAAUAAGCCCCUGGGGAACCCGAUACACAGGCAGCUGCUCUCAUGCAGAUCUUUAUUACUCCCACACUGACUGUGAAUGCCAGUAAAGUUUUAGGGCCAGAUCCUCAGCUGCUGGAACCUGGCAGAGCUGCAUUGACUUAACUGGAGUUACGCCAAUUAAACCAGCUGAGGGACUGGCUGAGGUAACUAUUUGCAGGCUCAUAGAAGUUCUGGGGGAAGAGACCUGGACGCCUAGCUCAAUUUCAGGGCAUGUUGGGACAGAUCUGGAGUGAUCCUGAGCACCUGCAAUGAUACCACCGCGAUGGGCGCUAGAAAAAACCCUGCAGAUACACUGGUGCUUGGCAGCUCCCCCUGGAUUUGGCCCAGCAUUCCGUCAUGAUGCUGCCGGGAACACCUCCCCAUGCUGGUGGAGCAGGGUCCUGCCCUCUCUCCUUCUUCAGAUCCUUGCAAAGUGCAGCUGUGCUAGUCCACUGCCCACAAAAGCUUGACUUAUUUACUUGUUAAUAACAAACGCUGCCCUGCUCUGUGACGCUCCAGUGACUAGUCAUCUGGGGAGAUACUGGGCCCAAGGCCUGCCAGAGGUCCAAGCACCAGUUUGUUCCUGGACCUCUGGCAAGCUCUGGGCUCGGGGCCAAAUUUCCCCCUUUUUCUGCUUUAUGCAUCUGAGCUGCUGUGUUCUCUUUGUCUCUUAGGUUGUAAGCUCCUUAAAGCAGGGACUGUGUCUUUUUCUGUGUUCUGUGGGGCAAGAGCACAUGCUAGCUGCUCAAUGUAGAACAAACAGAGACUGUAAGUGCCCUGACUGGUGGUGGUGGUGGAGGGGAAGUUGAUGGCCUAUCAGAGAUUCCGUGCAAGAGAGAGAACCAUUAUUAAAUGCCCGGCUGUGGCUGGAGCUCAGAUCUUGCAACACACCAGAGGACCCGCUCUGGAGAGACACCCUUAUAAGUGUCCUGACUGAAGGGGAAACCUUGGGUGAGAGCUCACUCCUUGUUAUGCACCAGAGACUCUGCACUGGAGAGAGACCCUAUAGAUGCCCUGGUGAGGGCUGGCUGCAGUGCAUAUCAGAGGCAUGAGUACCCAGCUGUCUGUCUCUGGAUUCAGGGGGCAUCAGCAGGUGACCCCACGCUGAUUGGUGAUCCUCUGACUCCACCCAGCCUAGCAGACCCCAGGUGGGUGAGGGAGAGAGAACCAUCCUCCUGUAGCUUUCUGCCCCUGGCUGAAGAUUCCCUCCCCAUGCCCUGUGGUCCACACUACUCCCACUGCUGGGCCCAGCAGAAGAGGAACGAAGAACCCCAGCCCUCUGGAUACGUCUCCCUCAUCUUCGAGCCUCGGAACAGGGAUGUCGGGCAUAUCAUGCCUUCCCAAGAGGACCUGAGACCCAGUGGCCUUCUGUCUCUUAACACGUCCGUUGCCUGGAUCUGUUUCUGGGGUGGCGGUGAGGAGGUGGAUGUGUCCUCAUAACCCCUUUUCUUCCAAAUUCUUCCAGGACGCCUGGUGGGUCUCCUCCUGGUGUUCUCCACUGAGCUAAAGGGUAGUCCCUGGCUCCUAUGAGAGAAAUGGAUGGGGACCGAGGUUGAAGGGAGCUGGGGGGGGGGGGGAUGGUUGAGUGUUUGAGGAUGGGGGAGAUGAGAGCCAGAGUGGGAGGGAGCUGUGGGUUGGGUAGAAAUGGGAUUGAAUGUUUGGUGAUGCGGGAAUGGGAACUAGAGAGGAAGGGAGCGCUGGUUGUGGAGGAUCAAAUGUUGGGAGGUUAUAGGAUGAGGAGGAAGGGGCAGGAUUGGAGAAAUGCUGCCCCUCUAUCAUUCUCCUUCUCUGCCCUCAAGCCUGCCUCCCUCCACUUCCCCAUGCACAGUUUCUUCCCUUCUGUCCCAUCUCCUGCUCCGACUUGGGGAGUUUCCCUGUAGCAGUGAUUCAGACAAGAUAAAGGGAGAACUCUUAAAUCAGCAGUUCAUGGGACCUGCUGGAUCCAACCUAUCCAGCAGGGGAAAUAUGGGGAGUCAGAGGAGAGAUGAUGUGGGGGAUGGAGGAGAUAGGUGUGAGUAACACUCAUGAGCAUGGGAUGAGAGAUUCUAUUCAUGGAAAAAUCCUUAUUGCAGCAUGUGAUUAACCUGUGGAACCUGCGGCUGCAGGAAAUUACUGGGGCAUACAGCUCCACAAAGGCGUCUCCUAGCUCCAGAGUGCAGGCUGGGGCUCUGCAUUGUAAUAACUGCAUGACAGAGAGCUCAUUGCCUCCUCCCAGGUGGACCUGCCUUGGACCAGCACCAAGUAAAAGGACAUUCUCCCUGAAGGACAGAGAGACAAAUGUAUCCGGUCCUGAUCCUACUCCAGGCGGUGGUCCCACCUCUUACAAGUGAAGGUCUUUGUACUAUUCAAGAAAGAAGCUGGGGAGAUGACCCCCCCGAUCAGGCCUGAAUCCUUCCUGACCCACAUCACUGAGGCCAGAGGGAGAAGACGGCCUUGACAUUCAGCUGGGCAUCUUCCACCCCAUCUGCCACAGAGUGCUGGGUGGGGAUGACAGAGACUUAACCAGAGACUGACUCUCUGCCACACUCAUCCCCAGAGGGGAUAAAAGCCUCAUCUAGGAUCAGAGAUGCUGGAACCUGCCCGCUGCCUGUGAGAGUGGCUGCCAGCUGACAAGAGGUUAAUGCUAAAAUAUUAGAUGGUAAUUACUUAACUACAAUUUAACUGAGAUUUAUAUAUUUUCUAGUAUCUGCUUGUUUGCUUUUGUAACUGGCGCCGACUGUGUCUCUCUUUGAUUGCCUGUACUUUCUGAUCAGCUUGGAAAUGUUUUACUGCUUGUGAACAGCAACGUGCCCAUUUGUUUUUCUGAAAUGCAAUGUACUGGAUUGAAAUUUUUGUGCAUUGAGUUGUCAUGAUGGCUCCGUUUUUAUUUUAUUUUACUUCAUUCUCUUUCUUUCGAUGAGUAGUAAUAAAUUAGAAUUUAGUUAUCCCAACA